CUCCCCCCUCACCGCCUCCUCCACUAGGGACCAAGGAGGGCUUUUCAGCACUUGUCUCGGCAGCGUGCAAUGGACAGCACCACAAAGACGGAUGCUUGACAAAGAACUGACAGCCUUCCCAGGAACCGCCACCACGACUCGGUCAGCAUUUUGUGGACUAAACCAUUUGGCGUAAACAAGUCGAAGACCCCGAAACACAAAGAGGCUUCUUAUUCACCGCUUUAAAACACAACAGACACGAUGGAAGAAGACAUGGAUGAGGGGCAGACCCAGAAGGGGUGCCUCGAAUGCUGCAUCAAAUGCCUGGGCGGGAUCCCCUACCCGUCGCUCAUUGCCACAAUCUUGUUGUACGCCGGCGUGGCUCUGUUUUGCGGAUGCGGCCACGAGGCUCUUUCUGGAACCGUCACCAUCCUGCAGAAUUACUUCGAGGUGGUCCGUAGCCCCGUGGACGCGUUGGACGUCUUCACCAUGAUUGACAUCAUUAAGUACGUGAUCUACGGCGUGGCCUCGGCCUUCUUCGUCUAUGGCAUCCUGCUGAUGGUGGAGGGCUUCUUCACCAGCGGGGCCAUCAAAGACCUCUACGGAGACUUCAAGAUCACAACCUGCGGACGCUGCGUCAGUGCUUGGUUCAUCAUGCUGACGUACAUCUUCAUGCUGGCCUGGCUGGGUGUGACGGCGUUUACCUCCCUGCCCGUCUUCAUCUACUUCAACAUCUGGAGCAUUUGCCAAAAUGCCACCGUGCUGGAGGGCACCACGCUCUGCCUGGACCCGCGCCAGUACGGUAUCGUGGCUAUUAGUGAAGCAAAGACGGUGUGUGCCGGAUCUGAAAAGUUCUACAAGAUGUGCGAAUCCACUGAGCUGGACAUGACAUUCCACCUGUUCAUCUGCGCCCUCGCCGGAGCAGGAGCCGCUGUCAUCGCAAUGAUCCACUACUUGAUGGUGCUGUCGGCCAACUGGGCCUACGUGAAGGACGCGUGCCGGAUGCAGAAGUACGAGGAUAUCAAGUCCAAGGAGGAGCAGGAGCUUCACGACAUCCACUCCACCCGCUCCAAGGAACGGCUCAACGCUUAUACAUAAAAAGCCAAGCUUGGGCACUCCCAAGGUGGAUGCGGGGGAGGGGCUUCCUCGCCACCACCACCAAUGUCACUGGUGCGUCACAUGACAAUGUGGUUUGGGCGAGGGUCCACCUCAGCCGCAAACAGCAUUUCAGCUAACAAAAAAGAAGCCCCCUUACCUCUCUCGUGGAUGGUGUUUGUUAUCAUUCUGGCAGUUGUUGAAAUAUGAGAACAGUCGUUUAGUGUUGAGUAGUAGCUGUAGUGCCGUUUGUAGAAUCACGAAUAGUACUAGGAGUGGAUUUUUUUUAUUUUUUAAGCUUUUGCUUGUGAAAUAAUUAUUUUGCUGAGCCUUUUUUCCCCGUCCUCUUAACCCUCCUGUUAUGUUUCCUCACGGGUCAAUGUGACCCACUGCAUAUUUAAAAAUGUUAAAUGGGGGUGGAAUAUGGAAUAAAUUUAAAACUGUUAGAAAAAAUUGAAAGAAAAUAACCAUGCUGUUUGGUUUGUUUGGCAAACCCAAAAUGUUCAUGGGUCAUUGUUACCCCCACGAUAUGUUUAGUUACUGAAAACAAAAAUAAGUUUAAAAAGAGAAGAAAAUAAAAAUAAGGCCAGCAAAAUAAGAGUAAAACUUUUGAUCGACAUUUUUAUAUAUAUUUUUUUUUGUUUUGAACAGGUCAGUGUGACCCGCAAACACAUUUCUUCAAUUUAAAAAUAUGAAAACAACAGACAAUAAAAAGGGGGGAAUGUUCUUUGUUUGAGUCUUUCUGAUAUGUUUGUUUGUGAAACACCGUGUUUUUUCAAGGGUCAGUGUGACCCAUUGC